AUGCCAAGUGGUUGGCUUGUCAUAUGGCUGCUAAAGCUUUGUUUCGAAUGGGCGUUGCAGUGGUGGUACAGACCCGGACAGGUAUGCGGCCGUCGGAAGUUUUGGCACUCAGGGAACAUCACAUAUUACUCCCUACAUCUGAGAAGCCGAGGUUCGUGUUUCGUUUGGGAGCCAUGCGGUCAACAAAAGUGCAGAGAGAGCAAGUCACGUUUCUUGAAUGGAGUAGGGAUGAGAGUGUGGCUAGAUUGUUAUGGAGAGUGGUCGUUGCAACAAAGCCAGAAGAACGAUUGUUCCCAUACACGUAUGAGCAAUACAGAACUGUUUUGGCCAUGGUGUGUCAGGAAAACGAUGUGGUAUCUCACUUCACUCCUCAUUCGGCCAGGGCAGGGUUUGCGACAGACGCGGUAUCGGACGGAAUGCUGCCGAGUGUCAUCCGACAGUUGGGCAGGUGGGCGUCCGAGAGUAGCUUCAACACGUACGUGGACGUGGUCUCGGCCUCACAGGUGGAAGCAGCCUUUUCUCUCAGGAAACAGGAUCAGGCAGUCCAGUUUUGCUCUACCCAUUUGGAAAGUUACUUUCCCGCUUUGUGCUUUAGUUCCAAGGAUGAUGGGAUUGCCAGUGCAUAUAGAGGUGGAAGACGAGCUUUCCCCGAACGAGUUGCCGCAGGUGCCACUCGUUCCACCUCAACCCCACAGCAGGACCAGACAACGAAAUGCCACGCCAAAACCACGGGUGGCCCUUCGGAGAUCAGGAAGGGUGACGGGGCGAACCGUACUGGGAAGACAAGUCGGCCCUCACGAUGUGCACACAGAGCGUCGUGUUCCAAACGCCGCUAGGCCUCGGCAGCAGACAUGGUGGCAGAAAACGCGAGCUUACAUAAGGAAGCUGAACAAGUCUAUGCUGGGCUCGAUGUUCUGGGUGCUGGUCCUGGCAAGUGCUUCACGCUCCGGUGCCUUUGAUCACUUCGCUUCAAUGCUAGGCUCAGUUGCGAGGGUGUCCGAGUCAGCUGCCUCGGUGGCCGCCUUGGUACUCGAUAGCUCAGCGGAUCUGGCGACUUCUACUUCGCAGGUGGUCAAGGCAUUUUCGGUGGAAUCCAUGGAUUUGGUGCAUACAGCAUGGCGUGGAGUGGAUUUGCUGAAUUUGACAUGUACAAAGACGGCCGGCAGAGUUGUGGGGCUUACAGCUAGCGAAGUUUCGGCUUGGUUUCUCGGCGAGAGCGGUGUAGCUGUUACAAUGUGCAACAAGAGCCAAAUUUUAGAUCUAUGGAUUUCGGCAGCGCAUUCGGUCGAGCUUGGCAUACCGACUGUUGACAGUACAAUGCAACAUUUCAAUGUGUCGGGAGAGUACUGGGAAGCAGCAGUGGUGGCAGGCUUGCUGCCGGGAGGUUGGAUCAGUGUUGAUUUUGCUCAUACUCGGGUUAGCUUUCAGGCCAGAUGGGCAAACCCGUUUUGGGAGUUGAUUGAAUUGGAGGUACAGCAGGAGGCUCCGCAAAUGGUUCGUCAGCUCCAGGCAUUUGCACAAUCUGUUCCAGCUGUCAAUACUUCUCGCAUGUUUGUGGUUGAGCCGCUUCACCCAUGCACGUGGCUAUGGAUGAACCUCAUAUCAUGCUCGUGGUACAGAUGCCUUACUGCGUGCGGCGAGGUGGGAUUCAUGCUUGCGGGUGUAUUAUUUUUUCGGCAGUGCAACUUACUUUCCAAGAUUCAGGAAACAGCCAGCUUUGCAAAUGUCAGCGCCGCAUUGCAAAAAUUCAAAACAUUGCUGGCCGAUAGGAUUGAUGCCACCGUCGGGAUGGGUUGA